AUGGCCGACAAAAAGCCGAAGGAAGGAGUCAAGACUGAAAACAAGGACCACGUUAAUUUGAAGGUGGCAGGGCAAGAUGGUUCGGUGGUGCAAUUUAAGAUGAAGAGGCACACACCACUUAGUAAACUAAUGAAAGCCUAUUGUGAACGAGAGGACACACCUGCACAGUUGGAAAUGGAGGAUGAAAAUACAAUGGAUGUAUUCCAGCAGCAGACGGGUGGUGUUUACUAAAAAGAGAACCUGCAACUCUACUCCAGAACUGUGCUCCCAAGGAAAACAAUACAUUCACAAUUAGAAAACCAAGAUUUGGUUCAUCCACAUCCUGACUACUUCAGUACAGUUUUCUCUCUUCUUUGAUUCCCUUCCCACAUUCCUUUAUUGUACAUAAAGUAACUGGUGUAUGUGCACAGGCAUAAUGCGUAUUUUUUUUAACUAAAUGGCCGAUGGUAUGUUUUGAUCAACAUCAAAUGGAGAUGGGGAGGGGAAAAAACAAACUGGUUGUGUGAAAAUAUCCCUUUUCUCCAUUAGUGGCAUGCUCAUUCAACUUUUAUCUUUAUAUUCCAGUAAGUUAUUUUGCUCUCACUGUUUAACAA